ACUAUAAAUUUAAAAUGGGAAAUACCUGAGGAAGUUGCUCAUUUGAUAAUAGAGGUUCUGAGUUUGACAUGCAGAAGAAAGACCCAUCUACUGCCGUAUCCAAUGUCCAUAAUAAUCCUCAUGUUAUGAAGGAAGAGAAUCCGAAUGUUUUAGCUAAUAAUGUCAAUAUUAAGCCAACCGAAACUUAUGAAACUAAAAAGGGAGCGGCCCCACAAUAUGAUGCUGAAGCAAAGGAGAAUAACUAUAUGGGGCAAUAUCAGGCACAUGCAGUGGAGGAGACCCAUAAUAAAGAGGUUGCUCCUACAAAAGAGGCAAUUCCAGAAAAUCAGGAAAUUCAUGCUCAGAAUGUAAACAAUGAGGAGCAGGAGUAUCAAGAUUACUCCGAAUUCGAAAAUAGUUUUGAAUUUUUGCAGCCUCCUCAAUAUGACUGUCCUGAAGUUAUGCGUAUUAGAGAAGAAAGUGGACCAUUUAAUUAUGAUGAAGGAUACCCAGAUGAGGGAGAUGCACCUAAGCAGCGGGAAAAGAGGCCACUCACAAAUAUUGAUAAUGAGGCCAAAUAUCAAGGAGAAUGGUUAGCCGGCACAGACAUUAGAGAUGGAAGAGGAUUCCAGAUCUGGCCUGAUGGCUCUCUCUAUGAAGGUUUCUGGGGAAAUGACAGUAAAGCUAAUGGUAAAGGUAGACUUAUUCAUGCUGAUGGUGAUGUCUAUGAGGGUGAAUGGAAGGACGAUAAGGCUCAUGGAUAUGGUGUCUACAUGCAUGCAGAUGGUGCUAGAUAUGAAGGAUACUGGAGUGAGGAUAAACAGCACGGAAGAGGUGUUGAGCAGUGGCCAGAUGGUGCUGUCUAUGAUGGAAAUUACUUCGAAGGUGAGAAGCAUGGUGAAGGAUGCUUUAAGUGGAGUGAUGGAAGUGUCUUCACCGGAAACUUCCACCAUAAUAACAUCGAAGGCAAAGGAACCUACGAGUGGAACGACGGCAGAUGAUACGAGGGCGACUGGAAAGACAAUAAAAUGGACGGCCAAGGCGUAUUCACAUGGUCAGAUGGUAGAAAGUACGAAGGUGAGUAUAAAGAAGACAUGAAAGAGGGAUACGGAGUUUUCACCUGGCCAGACGGAAGAAGAUACGAAGGAUUCUGGAAGCAAGGUAAACAACACGGUGAGGGAUGCUACUAUACUGCAAAAGGCAAAAUGAGAAGAGGACAGUGGGAGAACGGUAAAAGAGUAGCUUGGCUGAAAUAA